CCUCAGCUUGAUGAUGAUGAUGACAUAACACCAGUUUCACCAAUAAAUAAAAACAUUCCAAUAUUAAAUAGAACUAUUUCUAAAAUAGGUUCAAAUUUUCAUCUAUUAUUAGAAAGUGAUAUAACUGAUGUUUUUUCAAAAGUAUCAACAGAAUUUUUAGCUGGAUUUUCCUAUGAAUCAGCUACUGAAGAUCGAUAUUCGUCAGUUAUAACUUUUCAUUUUUUUACUGAUUAUAUUGAAACUGAAACAGCUUGUCAAUGGCAAAUUUGUAAUAAAAAACCAUUGACUUGUCAAAUAUUGGUUCAUAAUAAACGUUAUCUUGAUGAACAAGGUUUGUAUAAAAACAAAAUUAAAUAUUUUCUUUUAGAAAAUAUUAAUUUAUGACAUAUGUAUAACUUUUUUCAUAGAAAAAUUUUUAUUAAUAAUGAAAGUUUUAGUAUGACGUAGUAGUAAUAAAUUAAAAAUCGAAGAUAAGUUGAUAUAAUUGAUAAACAUAGUCUUUAAAUUCAAUCUUAUAUAUUCAACUCGUCACUAUUUACAGAUGAAGUCAAAAUAACUAAGACGAAGAAAAACAAUUCUUCAACUGAAGUUACGAAUCAAUAAAUGUAUUAUAUACGAAGGAACUGUAAUCUACCAUUUAGGUUCAUAUGGAGUCUACAAAAAGGUAUCGAUAAAACAAGAAAAAUAGACCUUUGAAACGGACUUUGACCGUUUCAUUGAAUUUUCAAGCAUUUACUAACAAAAUCAAAUGAGGGAAUUUUGCUGAUAGAUACGUGUAAUACUCUUUAGAAUAUCCCGAAACGAAUAUUUCUUUGUCGAGAUACUGAAUUUUUCAAAAUAAAAUAGUGUCGAAUGUAUUUGAAAACUCCAGAUCUCACCAAGGAAAUAUUCUUUUCAGCUGAAACUUCCAAGAUAUUCUAAGUAUUAGUAGACUUAUUUAUGAGCAAUAUUUCAGGUUGAAAAUUCAGUACAAUGAUCAUAACUCGACUCCAAAGGUCUAUAGGAACAAAUCUUUUUAGCAUUUUUCUAGGUUUAUCGAAACCUUCUUUUGAGUUCAAUAUGACCUCAUAUAUCUACUUACAAUUGAAUUAUUAUUGAAUAUCGUUUUUUAUGUAAUUCGAAAUCUAUAAUUGACAUUCUUUUUAUUUUAAUAACAAGAAUCACUUCUUUUAAGAAUAUGAUCCGAUUGGGAGCGGUAUUCGGCAUUUAUCGAUAGCAAAAGAUUUGAAUGUCUAAGAAGAUCUUAUCAGAUCUAAUAGAGAAAAAUAUUCUGCAUCGAAUGAGCCUACUUUCAACGAAUCUGAGUAGGGUUUGCAUGGAUCUACAGGUCAAAAACUAGUUUUAGAACUUUCAGAAAGUGCUUCAGAUCUUUCUUAUUAUCAGACUAAUUUUUAAAAAAAAUGUGAUAUUUGUCAUCAGCACACUAAGCUCUAUCGAACUAUAUAAACUUCUAAUAGAAUAGCGACAAAAAUUCUUUUUUGAACUUGUACAGUAACCAGCAUUAUCAUGGACUUUUCGGGACCUUGCUCAGCACUUUAGAACCAAUAUUUUUUUAUCAAAAGAUGCGCCUUUUGACGCUCUACAAAACUAUGUAAAAUUCACUUUAGGCUCUUAAAAAUUAGCUGCAUGACAUAAGCAAGAAUAGUAAAACACAGCAUCUAAAAUAGGGCAAAAAUUGGUUGACUUCACCUAUUAUAAUGAUUUUUUUCGUUUUAGAAAGUAAGUAGUGACAUAUAGGAAAUAAAGAAUUUUGUAGAGUGGCUUCCGCUCUAUCGAUUAGUAUAAUUUGAUAAUGAUUUUGAUGAAGUUUUUGUGGUGAAAAAGUUCAUAAACAAAAUGAUUGAAAAACUAUAGCUUUUGACAGACCGAUAUUUUGGGUCAAAACUUUUAGGUCGCCGAAGUAUAUGAAGGCAUUGCCCAAAAGUUGUAAAAAUUUGGGUUUCUGAGUAACUUUUUAUGCUCUUUCAAACUAGCAAACUCAUUUCAAAAAUUAAAAUUUUUCGGCAACUUGUCUCUACUAUUUUGGGUGGUGAUUUCAUGGACCCUCUCUUAAGCUUUCCAUAGAGUCUUCAGUGAAAGUUCCAGAAGGUUCUAGAACCCUCAAAUUAACUACACAUAAUUUUCGAACGUUCUAGAAAAUUCUAGAUUCUUUAACCUUUUGACCUUUAACCUUUGACCCGGC